CAAUAAAUCUAUUCUUUAUGAAUUAGAUACUUUACCUUUCUUUUUUAAAAGAUAUUCCAUUUAUUUGGCGCGUGAUAAAAAAAUUACCUAGUCAUAACAAGCAUCUGACCAACUACUAACUGAUCAAGUGAUAUUAAUUCGUUAGACAAACAUACAGAUUAACUACUGGCUUCUUCUUCUGCUUCUUUAAUAGAAUCGUUUAUAUCAUUCAAAGUAAUAAUGAACUAGGCAAUAACAAAAAAACGCUGAUAGACUUUUAAAAGAUCUACGGUUUGUCUACGUGUGCAUGCAAAACAAUUAGAAAUUUAAAAAAAAGACAACAGCAUUUUCCAACAUGAAGCUAUGCUACUGAAGCUAAUUAUUAUUCGUAAAAAGGUAUUCUCAUGCCAAAAUUGUUUAAAAUAAAAGCUAUAAAAAUUGUCUAAUAUAUGUCACACACAAACUGAUUAGUAGUAUACUUAUAAUAUUAUCCUAAAAUUAUCAUAAAAUGAGUGAACGAAAAGCUGUCAUUAAAAAUGCUGAUAUGAGUACUGAAAUGCAAGAAGAUGCUGUCCAUGUAGCUGCUAGUGCUUUAGACAAAUAUGAUGUGGAAAAAGAUAUAGCUGCUCAUAUCAAGAAAGAUUUUGAUCGUAGACAUCAUCCUACAUGGCAUUGUAUAGUUGGACGACAUUUUGGAAGCUAUGUAACACAUGAGACAAAUAAUUUCAUAUACUUCUACUUGGAUGAUCGUGCCUUCUUACUCUACAAAUCAGGCUGAAAAGAAGUCGCUCAAACAAAGAAUUAUGAAUCCACCUAACUGUCUGUUAUUGAUUAUCCUUUAAGCGCACUGAUGCAUUACCAAUGUAUGAUUGAAAUAAAACUGAUAGGUUUUAAAUGAAACAUUGAUAUUGCUAAAUUUUAAUUUUUUUAAAAUUUUAUUUUUUAUCAUUGAAGGAGUAAUUUAUGACUUAUAUACAAGCGUAUGUUACGCAGUUUUAGUGAACAUUUUUUUAAUUUCACCUAGUUGAAUGAGGCAUCAGUAAAACAAAUACUUCGAGUUAUGAAAAGUAUCUAAAAAACAACAGCAACAUAGAAUUUAAAUAAGACGAAAAUGUUUUCUGACUUACACUAGAACGAAGAAUUCAGAACUUCGCAUCAAAAGACUGCCAGGAUAUCGUAAACUUUUGCGUAAAUAUAACUGAAUUCACUUAUUUUUGGAUAGUAUUCAUACAGUCUGAAGUUUAAACUUAAUCUAAUCUAUCUAAGUGAAUGAAUAUUUCACCAAUUCAACUUGCUAACUACUUUGAAAAUCAGCAUACUAUCCGCUGAGUAAAUGUAUCGAAAAUAAACUCCUCUUUUUCAACUAAUAUCACUGAAAAAAUUGAAUGUGCCAGUGCUCAUAAGU